AUGUCGUGCGAACUGACCGAUCUCGCCAAGGAAACAAAAAACAUCGAGAUCAUUGAAAUCGGUAAGCAUAUUAUUGUCGAUCCUGUGACAUUGAAAAGAACAAAUUCAAAGAGUACAUGUGGUUUCGUAGAUUUAACAAACACAGCUGAAUACCCUGGCCUAGUGAAGAGAGUCAAAGAUAGCGUGGGUGACGCCGGUCUCAACGUGUUGUUCAACAAUGCCGGGACUUCGAACAAAUUCACCAGGCUUUCUUUCGUGAAGGAAGAACAGCUCAUCGAUUCCCUGAGGAUCAACACCGUAGCUCCCAUUCUUUUGGCCAAAGCUUUCUUGCCUCUGCUGAAACAAGCGGCAGCUCAUCCCCCAAAUCAAGUUGGAAUGAGCGUGUCGAGGGCUGCCGUCAUAAACAUGUCCUCGAUACUUGGAAGCAUAGAAAACAACGACAUUGGCGGAUUUUACCCGUACCGUUGCAGCAAAGCUGCUCUCAAUGCCGCGACCAAAUCAAUGAGCUUGGAUUUAAAAGACGACAAUAUUUUAUGUGUGGCUUUGCAUCCUGGCUGGGUAAAAACGGCAAUGGGAGGCCCAAACGCUCCAAUGGAUGUUGAAACGUGUAUCAACAAUGUGUUGAGUACUAUAAGGUCGCUCACGGAAAAAAAUAUAGGAGCAUUUUUACAGUUUGAUGGUAAAAUGUUACCUUGGUAA